CUAUUCUCGUAGCCGUAGUCCCAACAAUUUAGGUGGGGUGAGGGGGACUCGGAGAUUCUCUCACCGAUCGAUCGAUCGCUCGAUCGAACUCACCACUGAAUCAGCCAGCCGCGAUAUACUAGUCGAUCGAGUUCUUGAUGAUCAUCUGUUAGUUUUACUACUCAAUUUGUUGUGCGCUAGGAAGAUUAAUUAAGGUAACAAUGGCGGAGAACAACGCAUCGCCAGCGCCGAAUCCUAUCCAACCCACCAAUUCGAUUGAAACCAUGUCUCAAAAUCAAGCAAACCCUAAUAACGUGGCCAUGACCGCUGUUUCAUCACGUUCGAAUAUAUCUCAAUCGCCCGCGAACGAUGUGCCGCAAAUCUCAUCGCCAUCUCUCCCACCUCAAGUUCCAUCAACGCCAUCCCAGCAACAGCAACAACAGCAACAACAGCAACAACAACAAUUGAUUACAUCAUCUACUGUCGGUUUGGAUUAUCAGCAAAAGCCCCAACAACAGCAGCAGUCACAGCAAUUGCUACAACAGCAACAGCAACAUCAAUUUCAGAUGCAACAGCAAAACAAUUUGUUGACGACCUCGAAUUUCCAAAUUCAGCCAAACAUUCAGAGGUCACCUUCAUUGUCUAGAAUGAAUCAGAUGCAGCAACAACAGCAACAGCAGCAACAGCAGCAACAGCAGCAACAGCAACAACAGCAACAACAGCAACAGCAACAACAGCAACAGCAACAACAACAGUUUGCUGGAAUGGGUACUUUGAGACAGCAAGCUGGGAUAUACGGGCAGAUGAAUUUUGGGGGGAAUUCAUUAUCGCAACAGCAGCAAAUUCAACAACAGCAGAACCAGCAACAACAAAUGAAUGCAGGUAAUUUGGGGCGAUCGGGUUUGGUAGGACAAAACAGUCAGUUGCCCAUGUUAUCCGGACCAGCUGCAGCUCAAGCUCAAGCUCAGCUGAAUUUGCAGUCUCAACUCCUGACUUCGCCGAGACAAAAAGCUGGGUUAGUACAAGGGUCUCAAUUCCUUCCUGGCAAUUCAUCUGGGCAACAAUUGCAAGCAAUUGGGAUGAUGAAUCCUCUCAACUUGAGCUCUCAAAUUAGACCAAAUGGAACCCUACCUUAUCCUCAACAAAGGAUUCAGGGUCAAAUGAGACAGCAGUUAUCACAACAAAGUCCACUCACUGCAAAUCAGAAACUACAAGCUCAAGGCAUUUCAAGAACAUCGUUUAUGACCCCCCAGCUAACUGCAUUGGCUCAGAAUGGACAAUCGGCUAUGAUGCCAAACUCACUAGCACAACAACAGUGGUUAAAACAAUUCUCAGGAAUGUCUGCUCCUAACUCUCCUUCAUACAAUCUGCAGAGGCAACAACAGGCCGUUCUUCAGCAACAACUUUCUGCUGCAUCUCCUCAAGUGCAACAAAAUGCCAUGAAUUUGAAUCCACAGCAGUUCUCCCAGCUUGUACAGCAGCAGCAGAUGCAAUCGCAGAUCCAUCAGCAACAACAACAGCAGCAUCCACAGCAACAGAUUUUGAAUCAACAACAGCAGCAGUCACCUAGGAUGACCAUGCCUGCUGUUCAGAAGACUCUAAGUUUGACAGGGUCCCAGCCUGAUGCUACUGCUUCUGGGGCAACAACUCCUGGAGGGAGUUCAAGUCAGGGAAAUGAAGCAAGUAAUCAGUUUCUUGGAAAGAGAAAGAUUCAGGAUUUGGUUUCCCAGAUUGAUCCUCAGGCAACGCUGGAUCCUGAUCUUGAAGAUUAUCUAUUGGAGCUUGCUGAUGAGUUCAUUGACUCCGUAACUACAUUUUCUUGCAAUUUGGCAAAGCAUCGGAACUCCUCAACCCUGGAGGCCAAGGAUGUAUUGUUGCAUUUAGAAAAAAACUGGAACUUGAAUAUUCCUGGUUAUUCAAGUGAAGAGAAGAAAUCUAAGACAACUCAUACUCCAAGCGAGGCCCACCAAAGUCGUCUUGAUGCGGUGCGCUUGCUUAUGGAACAAACCAAUUCCGAGACAACUAAUCAGAAUACCCGUAAAGAAACAGUUGUUACACAUGGUCUUGUCAACCCCAUGAAUACCAACCACCUUCCAAUAAGGCCGUCCUUGAGCUCAGAUCGAUUGGUUUCUCAGUCUAAUUCAUCGUCCCAAAUAUUGCAGCAAACAAAUAGGUUCUAAUAUAAUAGUAUGUCGUAGACUAUUUAAUUUGAGAAAAGAAAAAUGACUGAUUGAAGGAAAAAUGUUAUUUACAUGGUGUCAGUUUACAGUCGACUUAGUACAAUUUUUAUUUUUUCCUUUUCUUAACAAUUUGUUGUUUUAUAAAUUAUUGACAAUUUGGCUUAUUUUGCAAUGGAACUGAGAACAAUAAUUAUGUAAAUAGUUUGUCAAUGUCACAGUUUUAAGUUCUUAGUUAUUA